AUGUCGCAGCAUCCUGCAUCGACUACUCCCUUCCCGUCUGUCACCACCGACCACACUUCCAUUGACCGGAGACAUUCCUACCCCGACGACAUGAGCUCGACCUCGUCAACGUCGUCUGUCAGUGAACAGGACCAAGCCAAAACGGACCCCAACCAGCUCACCCGACCUCGUCUCGGGAGCAGGAAGUCGAGCGGAACCAUCAUCAUACCACGCGAUAGUCCUCAAGUCGAGCUUAAGGAGGAGGAAUAUGACGACGGUGAUGCCAGGACCAUGAGUCCGCGGAGGAGCAGUGAGGAGAUCGAGAAGAUGGGCCAAGAAGCCAGACAGGCACUCAUGGAACAAGCGAAAGCUCUUCAAGCAAGCCUACUGGAGAUUGUAGACCGCGUUGAGAUCGUUAAAUCAGAGCACGAGAAGCUCGAGGGUGGCAACAAAUUCCUCCAAUCUUACAUCGGUGAGCUCAUGCAGACGAGUAAGAUCACAUCUGCAGGUGCUGCGAAGGGCAAAGGAAAAGUCAAAGGCCGAGGCAUCAAAUAA